UACCGACAGUGCAACGCAUAUCAGAAAAUAUAUUAGAGUUUAGAAAAUAUAAAGUUUAUUUGCGCUGAAACAGUAUUAUAUCAAACGAACGUAAACUUGAUUUGUGAAUUCAAAAUGUCAGCUAUGGGAUCAAGUGUUGUCCUCCGCCAAGGUGGCGCAAAAAUCGACAAACUACAGAAAGAAAGUAAUUUCAGAACCAGUCGACGACCCUUGAGGCCAUUGCUCAAAAGAGCGUCCUCCACGUCAAUUUGUGAUCUACGUGACUUUAAUAUGUCAAAACAGCGAGUGAUGGAAAGUCAGUGUUCACAGAAGAGCUCCGAUGAUAGCGACAUCAGUCAGGACUCUUCCGCGCACAAUUACAAGAAAAAUCAACAAAUGAGAGGAUUUUUAAUCGACUUUGUAUCGCCUCAAUCUCCGGCAUGCUCCGGUAGUUCUUCUUCGUCGUGUUCCUGUUCAGGUGGAUCAUCUCCAAUCGACGAAGAUGAGAUUGUACCCGUACAAACAAUUUGUGAGGAGUCGUCGUUCCAGUUCAAUGCACAAUUGCGUCACCCAACUACCGAUUUCAAGUGGUGUGUUUCUUCUCUCAGAGAAGGAGGAGGCAUAAAAGUUGACAUAUCAGCUGGGAUGUAUAACUUAUACGGUUGGAAGAUUGGUAGUGGAAACGUCUACGUUUUCGGGUACGAAGAUUCAAAUGGAGUUUACUAUUAUGUCAAAUGUCCAGAGAACGGUAAUUCAAGUCCCUAUCUAACUCUAUCAAGCGCAUAUCCACAUCCAUCACAGAUAAGUGACCCUACAACUGACCAUAGAUGUAUUUCCUAUGUUGGCGACCCUUCUAGUAGGCAAUACUAUUUGCAUCCAACUCAUAAUUUGAGUCAGGUCAUUGAUUACAUGUCAAAUGGAUAUCUUUGCGUGAAAACAUCGUCAGUCAGACUAGCUAAAGCAUGGUCUCUUUCACAAUGAGAAAACUGAUCAUUUUUGCCUUAUCAAUUUUUUUCCUCUCAAAGCAAGCAAAAUAUUAUUUUGUUUCAAAAUAUUUUUAAUCGCCCUACAAUUUACAUGCUAGGUAUUACUCGCUUCUAUUCCUAAACGUUCGAUUACUUUUUUAUAUUAUAAUUAUAUUUUACCAUUUUUUGCAAAACUCUGUAGUAUUUAUUAUAAUAGAUGUUACAAAUAAAGUUUUUCUUUUCGUAAA